AUGAAGUUAAGAGAGCACUUGAUGAGAGAGCGGCCUGCUAUUCACUGUCUUAACCAUCUGGACGAUAUCAAGCAUGCUCGUAUGGCCUAUGCAUAUCUUUGCGACAACAUACGCAACGACACAUCGAGAGACGGGGUUCUUGAAUUAUGGCUCCGGACUUGCGACAUCGCUGCAGGCGAAAUACAAGCCCUCUGCCAUCGCGCAGGUAUAUUGGAGUCGAAAGAGGAAGACCCAACUGGUUCAUCCGACAGUGUGGCAUUGCUCCAGAAAGCGCGCAAGGAUGCUGAAGAGAUGAUCAGUUUCUUAUCUGAUCAGCCCAUGUGUGCGCAAGAAGCGUCGCUAGCUUCAAAAAAAUGGCAGCUUGAAGUUGGCAAGCUUAAAUCUCUGUUGAGCUUCAGGGCACAUGUCGUUUGCAAAGCCCUUGGGGAUAUAGACGCCGCCAUUGGAUACCUCAAGGAAGCGAUCAAGCAUGACCCUAACUGUGCAGAGAACCCAGAGGACCGACCCCCAACAAAGUGGAUCUUUGGUGUUGGUAGCUGGACACAUCCUCGGUCUGUCUACACUCGUGGAACGCCACUCAGUAACGUAUACCUCGUAGAGAACCCAGUAGAGAUGCUGGACAACCUGAAAGCCGAGCGUGGAACAAGCAGCGAAGAGGACGCCUCCCGAGUGGUACGAUGGGAGGUCCGUAUGUAA